UGUUGCUUCCGGCUGGCGAAGCCGCUCAAACUCUAUCAAAGCGAAGCCAGGGAUUCAACAUUGCCUCGAUAGACACGUACGAGCAUCUCAGAGCCACUCAAGAGGCAAGUUGAUGCGAGGGAAAGUGUUUGGAGUGAAGCCACACAGAUCCUUGCCCGCCUAUCCCAUCCACCCUGCCCUGACUUCAUGCACUCUCAAUCAGGCAAUCAGUCAGGCGCGGGGUUGGUUGAAAUGAGGAAAGUAUUGACGACGUCGAGGUAUGAAAAAGCUCCCUCCAUAGAGAUUCUCCUCUGUCUUUGAGUAUCUGCGCUGCUACUACCUCAAAGACCUUGUACACAAUAUCUAGGCUUCCUCCUUGAGCUUCGCUGGCAAAAAAUGGUCUACACGAUCACCGUCCACCUUCGUGCUAAAUCCUCCGACCCAGCCAUAAUCCAAAAGCUCAAGAACAAGCUCAUCGAAGCUUCCCGGGUAUACUCCAAAGACAAGGAAACUCUGUCAUGGUUCGUCAUGCAGUCUGUCCACGACGAGCGAGAUUUCACCAUUGUCGAGAGGUACGAAAAGGAAAGCAGCCAGAAGUAUCACUUGGAAAACCCCUACUGGAAGACCUUUGACCCGUAUGUCAAGCCGCUCCUAGAAGGGGAAAUGGAUUUGAGAAGGUUUGAGGAAUUGGACACGAGCAAGGAUGUGGUCGUGGAAUGAUCCCUUUUGGUCCUGCGGCACAUGAAUUCGCUCGGUAAAGAAGGUCUCCGCGAACAACCCUAAGCACAUUGUUGCGCGGCUCAGAUUAUGAAAUGACUUCUGCGAGGAGACUGUUCGCUCUUCCACGCUCAAAGGCGGUUGCUCGAGAAAUCUUAGUAUUGAUUUAAUC